AGCUCUGCUCCACUAAGCGCAAGAAGUAUGAAAGCCCUGAUGUCUUUGGUGGCUGUAUCACGGUAAAUUAUGUACGGCCACUUCAGACGUCGGAUUGGUCAUGCAGAGCCCUACAACAUUUAGGAGCUGCACAGCGAUGCAGUACAGAGCACAAUUUGGCCUCUGCAUGCCACUGGAAGCUUCGCAAUUGCGUCACACCCUCCAAAUGGAGUCUCCGGACACAUUUACAGAUCAAGCAUACAUUUGCUCUUAAUCCUCCUGUAGGGCCCAUUGCGACCAGCACUAGCAGGUCAAUGUACGACUAAAAUGAACGAGUCACUCAGAAAAAUUAAUAAUGACUCUCGAGUCAGUAAAAAGAGUUGUUCAAAAGGAACGAAUCGUUUGCGAAUUGUACAUCACUACACACGGCACUCUGAGAUUGAUUGCCCACAAGAGCGCACUCACCGCAUCCAAGUUAGGAAACGCAAGCCUACCCACUGGAACCAAUUUCGGCUACUGGACGCUUACUGGUGAUAUUGCUGCUUCCACUAUACUUUAUCAGGCGUGAAUUAAAGUCUAGCCUAACCUUACACCUGGGUAAUAUUUUUUGGGAGACACAGUAACCUUUUGAUGGAGUUUAUGGAAGAUGCAAUCGUUUGUUCUCCUUGCUUCUCUAUGUGGAUGCGUCCUCUGCUCAGGCUGGCCUUUUCAGAUGCAGUGUUAUCACUGUGAAGAGACUCUGUUGGACAAUGACUGUUCAGCUCCAAAGUUCAUUGUCAACUGCACAGCAAACAUCCAGAAUGCCUGUCAGAAGGAGGUGAUUGUGGGUGAAAAUGGUGUGUCCUACAGGAAGACCUGUGCCUCUUUCUCCACCUGUCUGAUCGUAUCAGCAGGGUAUCAGUCCUUCUGCGUCCCGGGUCGGAUGGGCUCUGUCUGCAUCAGCUGCUGUAACACCCCCCUCUGCAACGGACCCCGCCCCCCCAGGAUUUCCCUGGCCCCCACCCAUCCUCCCACUAGACCCACUACUCUCCUCAUCAUCACUGUUGCCAUGGGAACACUUCCCUGAUGUGGACACUAGUAUUGGCUGGAUUGGAUAGAAGGUUCUCAGAUGUGGAGAUGCCUUGCUUUGGAGCCAACAGACACUGCCCUGAGAGAUGACUGGAAAAACAAGGUCUACUGUGGACAGAGAUUCUACAAUCUACCAACAGGGCUGACUGACACAUAUGGCUCCAUUGACCAAAAAGAGUGACAAACAGAAGUGAAAUUGGUCUACAAAGAUAACAUAUAUAAUUGUUUUAAGAUACUCAAACCAUGGAUCAUUAAGCAAUUUGAUUUUGAAUUUUAGAACCACUAUGUAUCAAAAAAUAUAUUAAAAAAAUAAAAUAUUGAAUUUGGCCCAUAGAAACACAUUGAAUAACACAUUCAUACAUGGCAAAAAAAGAUAAAUAAAUCAUAAGGAAUAUGGUUUGUGUCUGUCCUAAUAUCUAGGAGAUAAGAAAGCUUAGGAAAUUAUAUAUAUUUUUUACAUAUUUAACCGCUUUUUUGUUGCCACAAAACUACCUCCAUUCAUUUGUAUGGGUUACCUUGAGACAAGUCCCAUGACAUUUGUAUGGGUUACCUUGAGACAAGUCCCAUGACAUUUGUAUGGGUUACCUUGAGACAAGUCCCAUGACAUUUGUAUGGGUUACCUUGAGACAAGUCCCAUGACAUUUGUAUGGGUUACCUUGAGACAAGUCCCAUGACAUUUGUAUGGGUUACCUUGAGACAAGUCCCAUGACAUUUGUAUGGGUUACCUUGAGACAAGUCCCAUGACAUUUGUAUGGGUUACCUUGAGACAAGUCCCAUGACAUUUGUAUGGGUUACCUUGAGACAAGUCCCAUGACAUUUGUAUGGGUUACCUUGAGACAAGUCCCAUGACAUUUGUAUGGGUUACCUUGAGACAAGUCCCAUGACAUUUGUAUGGGUUACCUUGAGACAAGUCCCAUGACAUUUGUAUGGGUUACCUUGAGACAAGUCCCAUGACAUUUGUAUGGGUUACCUUGAGACAAGUCCCAUGACAUUUGUAUGGGUUACCUUGAGACAAGUCCCAUGACACUUGUGGGGGUUGAAGAGCAAAUUAGCAUAUUAGUUUGUUGUCCAAACAGUUUGGACGGUAGAGACAGAAGUUUCCACAUCGGCGGUACUGACUUCAGGCGAGUCCCACGGGACUCUUUCCAUAGUGGUCAAAAGAGGUUUUUGUGAGAAUACCGACUUUUGGGAUGUCUCCUGGUCUGACAGUCCUGUAGCCACUUUCCACCGCAGAUUUGGAAGGCUGACAAAGGCUGAUGUGUUGGAUUGAGAUGAAGCCCAUGCAAAAAAUAAUCAUCUUAAACUGACAGAUUUUGAUGGGGAUGUUUUUAUCAUGUUAAUUAGAUUGAUGCACAGGUGCGUCAAUAGACUAAGGAUUAAAAGACCCUUGGGAUGUGUGUGAUACUUUGCAACCCAUAAAAAAAUCAUAAUGAACAUAAAUUACAAGUCCUAUUGAUUUAAACCUUAUUUUAACGUUUUUAUUCUUACAUUAAUUUAGCAGAUUUACAACAGCAAUUCCUGGAAAAGCAAAAGUUUUCACAGUAUAAGAGAGCACUUAUUUAAUUUUUGAAACCGUAAAAUCCUCAGAUGAGAAGUAAUAGUUUGGUAAACCUGUAUUGUUAUUGGCACUUUAAGAAAAUAAAGCCUAGCAGGGAGGAUCUUUGACUGUUCAAUUUCAUUCAAGCAAUGUUGAAAACCUAAGGAAUAUGACACAUAUCAGAAUGGAAACCGUUAAUUUCCCUGCAUCUUGAUUCCCCUCAACAUCUAGGAAGAAACAUUCGUAGCAGCUCAUCCUUUAGCCAAGGACGCAGAAUUAAUGAGUAGAAGAGGACUAGUUCUGACUGGUAAUUGGAUGCUAUGCCAUGUGCUUCAGUGACUGAACUGACUGGAAUAGUUUGAAUUUGGCAGAAAUGCCAUACCUUCUCAAUUAAUACCAUAACCCCUGUCACAAGAGAUUACUUCUCAAUUAAUCCCAUAACCCCUGUCACAAGAGAUUACUUCUCAAUUAAUCCCAUAACCCCUGUCACAAGAGAUUACUUCUCAAUUAAUCCCAUAACCCCUGUCACAAGAGAUUACUUCUCAAUUAAUCCCAUAACCCCGGUCACAAGAGAUUACUUCUCAAUUAAUCCCAUAACCCCGGUCACAAGAGAUUACUUCUCAAUUAAUCCCAUAACCCCGGUCACAAGAGAUUACUUCUCAAUUAAUCCCAUAACCCCUGUCACAAGAGAUUACUUAUCAAUUAAUCCCAUAACCCCUGUCACAAGAGAUUACUUAUCAAUUAAUCCCAUAACCCCUGUCACAAGAGAUUACUUCUCAAUUAAUCCCAUAACCCCUGUCACAAGAGAUUACUUCUCAAUUAAUCCCAUAACCCCUGUCACAAGAGAUUACUUCUCAAUUCAACUGUAAGUGCACCUUGUAAAUCAAUUUUGUUACUCCUGGACAUUCCUUUAAAAUGAGUGGGAUUUAUUUAUUUCAUUUCACCUCAAUACAUAAAAUAAAAUCCGUAGCACAUGAAACACAGGUUCUCUACUGUUCACCCGUUUCAAGCACUGAAUCUUUUUUUAAGGAAAAGACAGAACAAGCUUGACAAAAGAAAUAUCUGGAAAAUAUAUUACACUUCUCAACAAGUCAAUCAAUAUAUAUCACUUUCUAGACACCAUAGCGGACAACACCACCAGCAAUUACCAUACAACUCCUAUAGCAAUCAUUUUUUAUGUUGAUUGAGGUGCUUUGGGCCAGGUCUGGAUAUUUAACAUGAUUAAAAUCCUCGAAUGCAAUCGUUUGCAUCUUAUAAAAAAAACUGAGAACAUCCCCUAAAUGACAACCUACAAAAUAAAAAUACUGAUAUAAGAGCAUCCUCACUUUGAGAAAGACAAUGUCUUAAAUGAAACCAGUAAAUUACUCUGAUCAGUUAACAGACAUAAAUAAAUGUCCUAGAAAGGGAUUGUACUGUAAUAGAAGUAGUAAUAUUUCUUAUACCGGUAUGCUAAUAACAAUGAUAAAGCAUGUAAAUGAGCACCCUACGAACUCAUGUUCUUCAUUCAUCACAACGCUGAAAUCCUGCGGUGUCAUCGUUAUGAGACCAAUAUGGUGUGGGGGGUUAUUUAAGUGGCAGAAUUCCCAACUGAACAGAUAAUAUUCACAGAAUUAUCAUCCUCUUUGCAGUAAAUGUAUCCAUUUCCAUUAUAUUAACAGCUGCUGAAGAGGUCCCACAAAUGCAAACUGUUAUCGUACUUAUCAGUAGGUAUAUAAAAAGUGGCCUUUAAUCAUUUGAGGCAUUGUUCACAUGGAAAAUAUAUAUUUUUUUAUAAUCGUCUCCUCAACACAAUGUGAAAAUAACUAUCAAAAUAAGUCUGUGUGAAUUACUUCAAAGCAACUACACGGUCCCUUCAAAAUGGGACUUCUAGACCUUUACAUCAAAGCUCAAAGACAUCAAACCUUAUGCCAAAGUCAAAUUCCAAAUGCAACCAA